AUGUCAAUAGAAAUCACUCCAGCAAUGGUCAAACUCUCACAGCAGUUCAUAGAAAGGCUUUUUGAUAAGACAUUCCAGAGAGGAAACUCAGAUUUGAUCAUUGAAUCUCUCAAAAUCAUAAAGAAAAUUGCAGAUGUUGGAUACUCACCUGGAUUCAUCACAAUUCUUCCAUACAUACACAGAAUGAUCACAACAAAUGGCUGGGCAGUGCUUGUUGUACCUAUUGUUUCACUUUUCAGCAAACAUCCAGAAAUGAAAGAGCAUUUGAGCGGAAGCAAGAUAUUGAGAGAGUUACAGUUCAUCAAGGAUGAAUCUGUACAAGCGGAUAUUGAAAUUAUACGAUCGAAUAUACCAUUCUAA